ACAGCAUUUACCAUAGUGGUCAUCUGGAGGAGGCGCUCGUUUGGAGCCGUGCGUCCAGGAGGCUUUCUGACGCUCCCCCGUGUUCGUAAUCUCGACGCCGAUGACGGCGUUAAAGUUGUUCGAGCGCGACUAAGACACGUUCAUCGACCACAACCACCUGUCCCGCGCCAUGAAUGAAGAUGCGAUAUACAGGUCAUCGUCACAGUAUCGUUUCUGGAGCUUCACGCCGGAGAAGCUAGCAGAUCUCCGCGCCAAAUCGAACGCGCUCGCCUCGGAUCACAUCAACGCCCUCGUGAAGCGGCGGAAGGCUGCCUCUGCGGUUCCAUCUUCAGCGGAAGGCACGCCAUCGGUGAGCGACGCGGACGUUAAGAAUGGCGGCAGCAAUGGCAAGAAGGACGAUGGCGAAGUCGAGCGGCUUACUGUGGAGGAAGAGAUCGAACUGCUCAAAUACUACUGCAGCAACGUCCUCGCUCUCGGCAACGAUCAGUUCAAGUACCCUGUACACGUCACCGCGACGGCGAUCCAGUUCCUGAAGCGCUUCUAUCUAACACACUCGCUAAUGGACUAUGCUCCCAAAAGGAUUAUGCCCACAGCCCUAUUCCUGGCCAACAAGACGGACAACCAAAUGCACUCUCUCGAUCAUUUCUUGCGCGACGCACACAAGAUCGACGGGCUGAAAGAGGUGACAAGAGAAUCGAUCCUAGGUCCAGAGUUCCUGUUCACGCAGGCCCUCCGUUUUCACUUCGACGUUCGCCACCCGUACCGCGCUCUCAAAGGCAUCGUGCUCGAAGGUCACCAGCUCGUCCACAUAUGCCAGGGCCACAAAGCACCCGCUGGCUGGACCAGGAUGAGCGAGGAUGACAUACGAGAUCGCCUUCUGAAAGAUGGCAGUGUGUCGCCCAAAGAGUUCGAGAGGCGCGUCUUGUCUACGUACGAGAAAGCGAAGGAGUACCUGUCCACCAAGGCGUUGAUCUCGGACGCCUACUUUCACUACUCACCCUCGCAGAUCGCUUUCGCCUCUUGGUCGUGCCACGAUCCGGAUUUCGUGAACGACUUGCUUGACGUAAAGCUGAGCGGCGUUGUGCCGGCACGCGAGAAGCACAAGAUCAUGGAUGCAAUUGCGGCGUGUGCCACCAUGCUAAAGGAGACCCAAGUUCCAAAGGAGGAUAACGACCUCAAGAAGAUGAACAGGAAGAUGCUAAAGUGCAAUAAGAUUAAUGCAAGGGAUCCUGCUGAGGCCAAAGCCAAGAAACGGGCGGCAGACGGCGUAGACGAGCAAGCCGUGAAAAAGAGAAAGCUGGAAAGGGAAGCGUUCGAAAAACAGGGCAAUGAUCUUUUUGGACCGAAUUUGAUCAAGAAAGUAGCCUAGCAUUUUUGUUGCUGUGCCAUACUCAUUUUACAAGCUAGCAAAACCGCAUAUUAGAUGGAUCCUACUGUCGGCUUCCAGCCCAAGUUGGAGAUUGUAAGAUACGAAAGUCACAAAUACCCGAGCAUGCGAUUAGCUCAACUGAUUUUUUUUUUUUAAAAAAAA